GAGGUAAUGUUUGAAUCAUCCUCUCUGAUAUAUCUUCUCUUUUUACAAGCACAGUGAAGGAGAAAAGAUGUAACUUGUUCCACUCGGUUGGGUGUCAUGGCGCUAGCUGGCCGGUUCCAUAUCCUGUUCGCAGCUCCCGAAAGGAGAGAAAGAGAGUGCAAGCUCCAUCUCUGGGGCUUUCACGGGUGGCAUGCGCGCUUUUGCCAGGCGAUAGAGAACCAGGUGGACGGGGGAAAUGAUAUCUCAUUCGAUUCCAGCGUCCCAGCGAUCCAGCUUCCCUCGGUGACCGUGACAACAGGUCGAUCCUCCACAGUAUGCUGUGCCUGGCACAGUGAAGAUUCAUCCAAGCGCGUUUUGGGAAUAUCUCUCGCUUUAUUCACUCACUCGACUAGUUGCUCUUCCGGGUGGAGUGGAGAUAUUUGGCCAAAGUUCUUCAUAGCUUCUCCUUUAUGCUUGAAUUGGCGAUGGAUGUUUCUUACAGUGGAUGUGCUUUUGGUCCACAGCACCAUUACAAACUGUCGUUGUUCUUGGAAUGUCACAUUGUAGAAAAUAAAAUGGAAAAAUUAAAAAUC